UUACGUAACGUAUUUACAUGUACAUAUUGUCCUGUGAUUAUACGGGGGAUUUCCCGCCUCAGCCCUCUGCCAGCAAUUUAUCCUGUUUCGGUUCCUAAAAAGUCAUAAAUCGAUUAAAACAAAGCAAAACACUUUGAGGAAGAGAUGGAUAGAUUGUCUUAAACAUGUAAAAAAAAAAAUAUUUGCACAAGUAAUCCCGCCAACCAUUUCCUUCUUAAAUUUGGGGAAUCUAUGGUCUCAUGUUUUGGCUAUUUUAUGCAUAAUGUCAUGCAUCAGCCGUCGGAUACACACCAUUUUGCCGUACCCGGAAAUGUGGACUUCUCUGCAGCAGCGCAGCGGUCCAGUGGCAUGGUAUGCCCAAAACUAAAAGUUGUGUAGAGUUCACCGUUACCAGUCCGGGAGAUCACUACUGAAGGAGGACAUCAUUGCGCUAGUUGAUUCGACAGAAAAAAUGCAGAGAUAACCAAAAACAACACGUCAUUGUGGUAAAUACGUGUCAAUACGGACAGCAUUAACUACGAUACUAACUACACAGAUCAACGAUUCUGUGAGUAGCAGAAGAAGCGAACUGAGCGACUUGUGUGGUUGAUAGAGGAACGGUCGAGUAUCGAUCAUGGCGAUCAGUGCACAAAGGUUACGGGAGCUGCCUGGCAAUGACAGGUGUGCCGACUGCCAAGAUUGUGAUUGUCCAGAAUGCGGCUUCCCUGAUCCAGUAUGGGCCAAUGAGGAGCUAGGAAUUCUGGUCUGUGAAGAAUGUAUGGAUCUUCACUAUAUGCUGAACAAAGCAUCAUUCAAGUCUAUCCUGUGCCAAGAUUGGACUGAAGACAGCUACAAGAAAAUGGCAUCAAAAAACAACCGUGCCUCUAACGAAUACUAUGAGAAACACCUAUGUCCUGCCUACAAGAAACCCACACGAUGCUUCAAUGUGGAAUUCCGUAGACAGUGGAUAAUGUCCAAGUAUCCCCAUAAGGAGUUUGUGUCUGCAGACGAUCAGCCCAAGUACAUGCAAGGCCAGAAGUCAGGCUAUUUGUGGAAGCUGGGCCGAGAUAGUCAAGUCUUCCAAAGACGAUGGUUUGUCUUAGAUCCUAGCGAGAAAGGCACUCUUCGAUACUACACGGAUGCAAACGAACAGUCACUGCGAGGCGAGAUAUCCCUCUUCAAGAUGAACUUGGUCCUUGCCUCAUCGGAGAAGAUUGGUCAUCCUAAUGGCUUACAGAUUGUCUAUCCUGACAAGAAAGGACAGAAUAACACACGGAUGAUCUAUCUCUAUGCUGAACUAGCAAAGGAUAUGGUGGAAUGGUUCCAAGCAGUGAGAUGCCUCAAAUACUUCAUUCAGAAAAGGAAGAGCGUAGAGACUGAUGAGAAUAUAAUUUCUCGUAUUCUGAAGUAUGACAUUCUGAAGGAGGGAUACCUGUUCAAGACGGGAUCUAAAGGCAAGGAAGCCUUCCGCAAACGUUGGAUUGUCUUGGACAAGUUGUGUCUCAUGUACUUCAAGGACCCAUUGGAUGCCAAUCCCAAAGGCACCAUUCCCAUGAAGGGUGGUUACUCCCUCAUCCUGAGUGGACAGCUAGACCCAGAGCACCAAGGAUUCCAUUUCUAUCUCAAGACCCCCGGCAGAAUCUAUCACUUCAUUGCUGAGAGUGACCAUGAGCGGAAAGCAUGGUUCAAUGCCAUACAUGCUGCAUGCAACAGGGCAAGUGGAGUUAUUUCCCAUAAAGGAGGCCCCAAACUUGUGAAUGAAAAAUGGGUGACAAAAUCCUCCCCUGCACAGCCCACUGCAUCAACAUCUAAGCCAAAAGUAUGCCCACCCACUGAAGCUACUGUAUCCUCAUCAACUCCUGGAGACAGUAUCUCAAAUAUCAGCAAGUCAGUCAAGACAUCUCCCAUAGCUGCUGGAGCAACCGGAGGAACCUCAGGAGAAGACAGUCCUGAGCUUGAUGGUAGUUUUGAGAUUCUGUCCGCGCCAUUUGCUGGUAUCAGGCCAAGCACAAAACCACGCCCACAACACACUUUGCCCGCUCAUCACAAGCGUGGCGGUGGGCGUGGUGCCGGGGGGCAGGGACGUUACAAUCAAGCAGAGCUCAAACAUCAACCAGCUGUUGAGAUCCCUGAAGACAACUACAUAGAGUUUACUACUGAGGAAGGCGAGCCUCUAGAUGAAGAAGACACAGAAGAAAGCUCUGAUGAAGAUGAGGAGUCUCCUUAUGUUGAGCUGGAUGGAGAGAAGGUUGUCAUGAUGCAGAAGGUGGAUAUGAUCGGGAUGACUACCAAGCAGCUCUCUACACAUCUUAAGGUGCCACGGAAGGCCUUGCCGCAGUCUUCAAGCUGCACUAUGUGUGUUAGCUUAGUCUGGGACACGCUGCCUAAUCUACCAGAGUCAGAAGCUUGCGUCUUGGUGUCACCCAUCGUCAGUUGCUGUAGCAUGCCUAGGAAUGUCACACUUCUGCAACCAUUUCAGCUGGAGAUCCAACAUAGUGCUAUCCUGAAGGAUGUUGAUAACUGCACACCGAAUAUCUGGCAUCUCAACAAAGAACCUGGCAAGUUCUUCAAGUGGGAGAAGGUAGACCAGACUAGUUUCAGCGUUGCUUGUAGAGCAUCUCAUCGUCACUUUGUCAUCGAGACAGCCAAGACUGGCUGCUUCGCUGUCAUGGUUCCCACAGACAGUGUGAGCGGCAAGAUCAUCCGAUGUAUGACCUACAUCUCCUCAGAGCAAAGUGAUGAUCAUCUGGUUGCUAGGGUCUACUUCUUUGGUGACAAUGGAAGUGAUGACGUCCUUCAUGAGAUUCAGCGACGUGAGAACACUUACCGCGGUCGACUGUGCGAUAUCUCUGGAUCUUUCUUCUUAUCCAACACCAGUGACAAUGUCUUGAUGAAUAUGACUAAUCUUGAAGGAAUGGAGAGGUACCUUGGAGGCAAUGAACCAAUGCCAAUCACAACAGAGGAGCUGUAUCACAAGCAGCUUGUGUGUUACAUGGUCGAAAUCAUCAAGAAGGAACCAGUAGGUCAAUGCACUAUCAACGUGUGGCAGGAAAACACAGCGCUAGAACAGCGACCUGUUCACAUGAACCUGCAAUUCUCCAAUGAGGCAAAGUACCCGGUGAUUGCCCCGGUUCCAUUCCUCCACACCCACAUGCCACCACCAACAACCAUCCCCGUCAGAUGUCAUCAAGCUGUCUCUAGAGUCUCCUCAGCUCCUCUGACUCAGAAAGCCUCCCCAUCUCUUGUUGCUGAUAGACCUAGAGAUGCACCCCAUGCACGCUCUGUGCCGAGUCGUAGCCGAGCUGCUGAUGCCCUCCUACUCAAGGCAUCAGAUGGCAGCUUGCAGCAUAACAUGCUCCCGUUUGCCAUCAAGCGAGAUCUGUUUCUCUUGUUGGACCCCAAGCUACCUUCUGGCAACGAUUGGCGUAUGUUGGCCAGCCAGCUGGGUCUAGAUGCAAUGAUCUACUACUUUGAUAUGCAGAUCAAUCCAACCAUGGAGGUACUCAAAGCCUUUGAGAUCAUGAAUCGUCCUCUGAGUGAGUUGGAGGAACAACUGAGACUUCUUGGCAGGGAUGAUGCAGCGGAUGUGGUCAAGAUGCACUUAGAGAAAACUGGAAAGGUGAAAAAAUAGAACCUUAGACAUCCUUGAACGUAAUUAGAAGUCAUUACUGAUGCGAUCUGCUGCGAUAUAGUGUCGUACACGUUCUUUGAUUUGAGAUCCACUUGUAUUUUGGGCAACCGUAUUAGUGGAAGGAACAUUGAGAACACAGAUAUGACUUGCAAAACAUGAGCCACUGAUGACACUGCAAUAAUGGCUUCUAAUUAAGGUCCCUGGGUCAGGUACUAAAACUCCACGACAACAACACUAUGUCACGGUGUAGCAUUGUAAAAGUUGACCUCAUAUAUAUUGAACCACGUCAACUUUAAUUAGUUAAUAUUCCAUGUCAUCAGGAAAAAAUACAUACUAUCUACAUCUCCCUGCCUUUUUAACUCCCUUAGUUCUUAAUUUGCAUGCAUCAAGACUCAAAACUCCUUAAACUUAGAAAGUUUAGUGGAAAGUAGAACAGAAAGUAAAAUGUUUUGUAACUUUUGAAUAAUAGUGCAAAAUUACUGAUUCUGUACAGUGUACCCCUCUAAACAUGUUGUGCAUUUCUGUGCACUGUGUAUUUUAUUUAUGUGUGGAAACAUAUAUACUCAGAUAUUUUCAUUUUAUUCACAUUGUAAAAGCAGUUUUUAUAGCCAUAUUGUAUUGAUAAAGACAACUCCUUAACAUGUUGGAAUGUUUUGAUCAGUUCUAAUGGCUUCCGUGGAAAAGGGAAAUGAGCGGUAUGAAAAUUAUAGGCUGAUCAUUUGUAUAGUAGUCAGAUAUUAAAUGUUAUAUUUAAAACAAAAUGGAAAACUCUUAUUGUGGUAUUGGGGAAAAUCACAGAGAACAUAUUAUUAUAAAUAAAUGUGUAAGUUGGGAUGAGGUAGGAUUGGGGAAGGGUGAAACUUAUUAUGGGAGAGCAUUUCAAUGUGCUCAGAACUUCCUUAUAUAAACUUUUAACGGCAAAAAAAGUUUGGAAUUAUGAUAUUGCCAACUGCUGAUGUACAGUCUAAAUAAAUCAUGCCUCAACAAGUUUGUUUUUUUAUUGUAAUUUUCUAAAAUAGACUCUUGCCUUGCAGUAAUAGCUGAAUUUAAAACAGAAAGGAAUGUUAGUUGGUGUGUUCGUUAAAAUGUUUGUGAUAUGUGCAAAGCAGCUUGCCGGUUGUAAUGUUGCCUGUAGACCAAUGCCAGUACAUUGUACAUUCAUGGAUGCCUCCUUCAUUGCAGAAGUAUUGAGCAGCAUAUUGUACAAAGCAACCACCCCAUGAUGGAUUAUCUGAACAAUAGCUAGCACAAUACGUACGCCAUUGAAGGGGGCCAUUGAAGGGGGCCUCGGUGCUGAAUGAUAGUGUUCUGGGACAAGUGUAUAAACUUAACCAGUGAACCACAGAUCAUUGCAGUCUGUUUGCAGAUGAGAAACUGGUUCUGGCAAAAAAAAUGAAGUUUUUGAAGUGAUUUUUUGAUGACAUUUUAUAAGUUGUUGUUCUUGUUAUUGUGUGGGACUUUCGGUUCUUAAGAUGAAAUUUGGAUAUUGGUAAGGGUAAAAACUACGCACUAAUUGUUCUUUUUUAGAAUUUGAAUGCAUCAAAGGCCUUGUAAAGUUAAGUAAAAAAGUUAUAGUUUUGAUUUGUCCAAUUUCACAUGGCCAGACAUGUGAAAACACACUUAGCAGCUUUGAACUCAUUUUCAAUACAGGAGUUUUUCAUGGCUAUGGCCAAAAGUAACCAUAAAAUGCAGCAGCAUGCUUUGUAGGGAAUUUAAGGCCUUGUAUCAUAGAUUGCUGUAUAUUUUUUACUGUACUUAUUUUGAUACUAUAUUUUGAAAAGAAAAUGGUGUAGUUAUGAAUAUAUAUAUAUUUUUAUGCCAAACAAUAGUGUGUCAAUUUUGUUUUAAAAAAUAAAUUUAAAAAAAUUAUCGGUACUAAAGCACGAGGUAAUUUUAUUAAAACUUAGAACAGUUUGCUGUUUUUAUAGUAAAUAUAAACUUGUAAAUAUUUAUCUUUUUUACUCUCAUUUUACAGAAUGACUAAUUGGAAAGUUUAAACUGUUUGAGAUAUAACAAUGCAAAUCUUUUGGUUAAUUUGGUGAAAGUACUCGCUUAGAAAUGUAUGUGAAUAUUUGACAUGAUUUUAAAAAGAGUUUUUGUACACACUAACUUUUUUUCUUGAUUUUAUGAUACUCAGAAUGAUAUUCUGGAAGCAAAAUUUAAGGGACUCUUGCAAACAUACCUGUUUUGAUUUCAUUUGUUACCGAUUCUGUUGAUUUGUUUUCAGCGCUUUGUAACCUUCGGCAAAGGUGCUUUAUAAAUUCCUUAUAUUAUUAUUAUUAAAAUACUUCUCAAACUUUUGCA